AUGAAGUUCAACUCAGCAUUGUUGGCAGGAUUCACUGCGGGCUCAACCGUGGCGGCGCAAAAGGUUGUGCCCCUUGGCGUUCGCCGGUCUAACGACCAGCCGCUGUCAGUGCACAAACGGGCAACCUUUGCUCAGAACCUAAACAACAAUAUAACCGGUGCGGCCUAUUAUGCCAACGUCGCCAUUGGAACGCCGCCUCAAAACGUCAGUCUGAUCCUCGACACCGGAAGCAGCGACGUUUGGGUAGUGUCAAGGGACGCCGACCUGUGCCAGGAUGCAAGCGACCAGCAAUAUUAUGGAUUUUGUCUUGCUACAUAUGAGCCCUCUGACAGUUCCAGCUAUAAGAUGGUAGACCAGUCAUUCUCAAUCAGAUACGCGGACAGGACCCGUGCCGUGGGUGACUAUUUCAAGGAUGACUUUCAUGUCGCGGGGACUACUAUCAAACAGCUCCAGAUGGGCUUGGGUAUCAAUACUACGAUACCCUCUGGAAUUAUGGGGAUUGGCUUUGCUUCCAAUGUCGCAUCCGAAACGCCUUAUCCAAAUAUCAUGGAUGUCUUCCUAUCUGACGGCCUGAUCGGAUCGAAGGCCUAUAGCUUGUAUCUUAAUGACUACGACUCAAGCACGGGAACAAUUUUGUUUGGUGGUAUUGACACCGAGAAGUAUAUUGGAAAACUCGGUGCUCUCAAUAUCCAAGAGGAUGCCACCAGCGGCUCGAUAACUUCAUUUACCGUUGCCUUGUCGUCCUUCAAAAUGAAUGUCAAUGGCUCGACGGUCUACCAGGAAAGCGAUCCACUACCGGUCAUCCUAGACUCAGGCACGACCCUUAGUUACCUGCCCUCAGAACUGGUCAGCCGCAUAUACCAGACGCUUGACGCUUACGAUGACACCAUGGGCGUCAUGGCGUCCGGUUCGGUCUAUGUAGACUGCAAGUACCUAGGCCAGAACAUCUCUUUGGAUUUCCAGUUCGGCGGCAGCGACGGGCCGGUCAUCAACGUACCUGUGGAUGAGGUGAUAUUCAACAACGUGGCGAGGCUUCAGGACCUUGGCCUAGCACUGCCCGCAGACCUGCCCUUCGACAAUGUGUGUACUCUCGGCGUCAUGGCGAGCGAGGGUAUCUAUCUUCUGGGUGACACAUUCCUGCGAAGCGCCUACGUGGUCUACGAUCUGUCGAACCAGCAGAUCGCGCUGGCGCAGGCCAACCUCAACAGCACCAAGAGCAACAUCAUCGAGAUCACAAACAGCUCGACCACCAUCCCCGAUGCCACUGGCGUCGCGAGCCAGGUUACAGUUACGCAGACGGCAACGGGGUUGCCUGGUGUAGGUGGUGGGAGCGGCACAACGUCAGGAGGGCCUAGUGGCACAGCGAGCGGCUCUAACGUUCCGACCACUACCACCACGGGGAGUAGUACUGGUACAGAGUCUGGAGCGACUAGCAGCACCGCGAAUGCGGGACCGAGAAAUGUCCCGGCACCGAAGUGGGAGGCCCUCGCUGUGGCGGGAUUGGCAGGACUCGGGGUUCUGACGGGAGGUAUGAUCUUAGCGAUCUAA